GAGAGGGACCAUUCCUAUUGUUUAGAAAGAAUUGCACUUGCAUACGCCAAAUACCUAUGUAGUUUGAACCUGAACAAACUUUACUCGUUUAACCGUUUUCUCAGUUAUCUUCAUCUUAAAUCAAAUCGUCUCUGCUUCUUGCUAUAAUCAAUCAAAUCAGAUUAUUUGGGAGAUAUAGUCACACACACAUAUGACUAAGUUGUGGACUUUGAUCACCCAGCUUCAUUCCCUUGCUGGGCCGGUUGUAACAUUAUUGUACCCUUUGUAUGCAUCGGUGGUAGCAAUAGAGAGUCCAUCGAAGCUGGAUGAUGAACAGUGGCUAGCUUAUUGGAUAAUCUAUUCCUUCCUCACCCUUGGGGAGAUGCUUAUGCAACCUGCUCUAGAGUGGAUACCAAUUUGGUACGAUGUGAAGCUAUUGGUGGCAGCAUGGUUGGUGUUACCUCAGUUCAUGGGGGCUGCUUACUUGUAUGAGAGGUUUGUGAGAGAUCAUAUACGAAAAUAUGUGACAGAGAAGGAACACCAGCGGGUCCACCACCAUCCUCCAGAGAACAACCAGCAACAAAAACAAAACAAAAAGUCACCCACUGGAGCCAAGACCAAGAAGAAGUUUGUUGAUUUUAUUAUUCCAAAGAAAGGGGAUCAGGAGGCGUAUUGAAUUGUGCUGAGCAGUGGAUAUGAAAUAGAGUUAUAAACGGUUUUACAUGUUUAUGUGUAUGUGACUUUUGAAGCUUGGAGUAAUGUUAUUUAACCACCAAAGGCAACUUAUAUGAAGAAAAAAACACACUAUAUUUCCACACUGUAUAAAUAUAUACCACUUGUAACAGGA